CUUGAGACUAUAAAAUGAAGGAACUUUGUGUAACCGGGACGCACUUUCUCUCUGACGUUCCGCGUGGAGAGGUCGUACACACGGGCGCAACACUAUCACUUCACCCAUAACCUUAUUGGAGCCCGGCGUGCGCACGUUUUGAAGCCGAAAACCUCGCUCCACUCGCCGGGUACAGAGCACAGAACACAGCCAUGGCGGGGGACGGAACGGACCAGCGGGCGCUCCAGUAUGAACAAACUUUGAUGUAUGGGCGCUACACCCAGGAGCUGGGGGUGUACGCCAAAGAGGAGGCAGCUCGCAUCAGAGAGAGUGGACAGAGGAGGUCUGUGAGCGACCGCAGCCUACACGAGUACAAGGGACGAUGUGCCAAGUGUCGCAGGUCAGGCUAUCCCUAUGUUCUGGACAGUCCGGCUCGGAAAUUUCUCUCUGUCUGUACGGUGCGCUGUCAGAAGUUCCUGAUCUCGCGAGUCGGGGAGGACUGGAUCUUCCUCAUCUUGUUGGGCCUGGUCAUGGCUCUGGUCAGCUGGGUCGUUGACUUCUGCAUCGCCAUCUGUCUGCAAGCACAGAAGUGGAUGUACGGAGGCUUGGACAGUAAUUUGUUCCUGCAGUAUCUGGCCUGGGUCACCUACCCUGUGGUCCUCAUCACCUUUUCAGCCGGAUUCACCCAGAUCCUCGCCCCUCAGGCUGUCGGCUCUGGUAUCCCUGAAAUGAAGACAAUUCUGAGAGGAGUAGUGCUAAAAGAAUACCUCACCUUCAAAACGUUUGUGGCCAAAGUCAUCGGCCUCACCUGUGCUCUGGGCAGUGGGAUGCCUCUGGGCAAGGAGGGGCCGUUCGUUCACAUAGCCAGUUUGUGCGCUGCUCUCCUCAGCAAGUUCAUGUCUUUGUUUGGAGGGAUUUAUGAGAAUGAGGCCAGAAAUAUUGAGAUGCUGGCUGCUGCUUGUGCUGUAGGCGUGGGCUGUUGCUUCGCUGCCCCUAUAGGAGGUGUCUUGUUCAGCAUUGAAGUAACAUCCACUUUCUUCGCCGUGAGAAACUACUGGAGAGGGUUCUUUGCUGCUACUUUCAGUGCCUUCAUUUUCAGAGUUUUGGCUGUGUGGAACAAAGAUGAAGAAACCAUCACUGCUUUGUUCAAAACCAGAUUUCGGCUGGACUUCCCCUUUGACCUCCAGGAGCUGCCGGCUUUUGCAGUUAUUGGAAUCGCCAGUGGAUUCGGUGGGGCCUUGUUCGUCUACUUGAACCGUCUGAUUGUCCAGUUCAUCAGGAAACAAAAGACCAUCACCAAAUUCCUCAUGAAAAAGCGUUUGUUAUACCCUGCACUGGUCACUUUACUCAUCUCGACCCUGACUUUUCCUCCAGGCUUUGGGCAGUUCAUGGCAGGCAAGCUGACCCAGAAGGAGUCCCUGGUCACUUUGCUGGACAAUCGGACGUGGGCUAAACAGGGCAUUGCGGAGGAGUUUGACUACCUCGGAAACUCCCAGGCCUGGCAGCACCCACAGGUCAACGUCUUCGUCACCCUUGUCAUCUUCAUCGUCAUGAAGUUCUGGAUGUCAGCCCUGGCAACCACCAUCCCAGUGCCCUGUGGAGCCUUUAUGCCAGUGUUUGUCAUUGGGGCAGCGUUCGGGCGUCUGGUUGGUGAGAGCAUGGCAGCCUGGUUCCCAGAUGGCAUUCACAUGGACGGCACCAUCUACAACAUUGUGCCAGGAGGGUACGCUGUCGUGGGUGCUGCGGCCCUGUCUGGAGCAGUCACCCACACAGUCUCCACGGCGGUGAUCGUGUUUGAGUUGACGGGUCAGAUUUCUCACAUUCUUCCCGUGAUGAUCGCUGUGAUCCUGGCCAACGCCGUGGCUCAGGCCCUGCAGCCUUCACUCUACGACUCCAUCAUCAGGAUCAAGAAACUGCCCUACCUCCCAGAGCUCGGCUGGGGACACCACGAAAAGUACAACAUCCGUGUGGAGGACAUCAUGAUACGAGAUGUAAGGUACAUCACUCUGAACUGCACCUACAGAGACCUGCACAAUGUCCUGCUCACCGGGCACCUCAAGACUCUGGCUCUGGUCGAGUCCACGGAGUCUAUGAUCCUGUUGGGUUCCAUUGAGCGUGCUCAGCUCCAGUCCCUCCUCUCACAGCAGCUCGGUCACCCCCGACGACUGGAAUACAUCAGGGAGCGCUCAAACGAAGAUAAGAAGAAACGCCUAUCUGUAGCGUCCAGUCAGAACAGUGACGACUGCAGCCAACGCGCCAGCCAGGAAGUGCGCUUCCAGAUCACCACUGAGGAGUCGUCCUUCAGUCCCACUCGCACCACUCCACAGAAGCCCCUCAAACCGGCCUUAAAGAGGUCAUCAGUGGUAGAGAGACCAACCGAGCUCCCAACAAGUCCAAGUGAUAAUUCAGGAAAUGCUUUGAAGCACUUGUUUUGUGCCAGUCCAGACGCUGAGGCUUUAGAGAAAAACAACAACCUUUUGGAAGUCCCAAUGUCUCCUGAACACAGGAGACCAUCCAAACGAGUCCGGAUAUCUGUUGUGGAACCCCCGCCCAGUUUAAAGGCUCUGGAUGAUGGAGAUGUGGAGGACUAUAUGACCAUGAGAGAGAUUGCAGAGUGGGAGGAGAUGCAGCUUGAUGAGCAGGUCAACUUUAAUAACUGUAAGAUCGACCCCGCCCCCUUCCAGCUGGUGGAGCGCACGUCUCUGCAUAAGACACACACCAUUUUUUCGCUGCUCGGGUUGGACCACGCCUACGUCACCAGCAUCGGGCGCCUCAUCGGAGUGGUGUCUCUAAAAGAGCUCCGUAAAGCCAUUGAGGGCUCUGUGACAGUGAAGGGGGUGAAAGUGCGCCCCCCCCUGGCCAGUUUCCGGGACAGUGGCACCAGCAGCAGCGAGAACGAAGCCACGGAGCUCCACAAACUUUGGGACCGCCACAAGAACAUGCCCCUGCCUCGUGAAAACACCACCUCCUCCGAAUCGGAUGAAAAGCCCCUCUAAUGAACAAACACCACACGCAAAAGGAAAAGGAAGAGGAGGAGGAGGAGAGGAGGAAGGAGGGAAGAAGUUAUGUCUCCCAGUCUCCCAAAGCUACGCAACAUGCAAAAUUCCUCAGGGCUUAGGAUCUACAUUUAAUCCUAUGAGUUCUCCAGCUACUUCAGCCUGUUUUAUCCUUUCCUAACUCCUCUUUUUGCUCUUUCUUAAAAGACCACUCCACACCCUCCCUGCUCCAUUGUUGUAGACUGUCAUUGGAGCGCUGGGAGGGCUUUCAAGGGACUUCAUGCAUUCAAGAAGGGAUAUUUUUAUUAUCAGACUUUAUAUUAUAUCGAGCUGGUUUGAUCAAAUCUGCAAAAGUCUUGAAUGAGUCUUCCAUUUCAGAUUAGUUUUGUAUGUUUUGUGUACGAUUGAAAUUGCAUGUUUUAUCUAAGGAUAGCAUAGGACUAAUUUUUUAUGUGUUUUUAUCAUCUUUAACUGAUCAAAUGCACUGGAUUUAACUGGACUUGACAUUAUUCUUUUGCAGUUUCUUCUUAAGCAAUGGGCCCAUACAAUGAUGCUUGCCUUAAACACACAACUGCAGCAUGAUUUUACAUUUCUGUCAUAUAUUAAGACCUUAAGACCAUGGCAUUUUAUAUUUUUUUACUGUAACACUAAGACCUAUGCAAGUUGAGCCUGUUAGGUAGUAUACACUUCCCCUGCACUGUCCCCUGCAUUUGCCCAUCCUCUAAAGGACACAUGUUAUGCAACAUUUUUUUUUUUUAGCCUUUUGAGUUAUAAUGUUCCCUCAUCAAAAAACAUAAUUCAUUAAUUCUAUUUAUGAGAGCUUCUCCGUAUAUCAACGGCAGACGCAUUCUGAGCAUGUCUGCAUUGCAAAUCCUUACAACUGUGUGCACAUUAGCAUGCUGGCUAUGUUGCUAAACGCUUUGGGGGUUUUUUUCAUGGUGCUAGUAGAUGUUGUAUGGACACCAAAAUCCAAAUGGGGAGCUUGUGUUUUUACUCUACAUAGGGAUUAUUUAAAAUUUGAAAACAUGAAAUUCCAAAGCAAAGGCAUUGAAGAGUGUGUUUAAAGGGCCCAUAUUACAUAUUUUCUGAUCUAUGUUUCCUGAUCGCAAACAUACUUGGCGUUGUUUUGAUCAUUCACACGUGUUUUGGUCUUUUGUCAGAUGGAAAACUUCCACCUUGUGAUAUUAUGUAGUAAUACAUAAUCAUUUAGAUCAUUUCAGCCAUGGAAUUGCCCAUCUCUACUGAGUAAAAGGUAGAAGAUGGCUGUUAAUUUGAAAACUACCACUACAUGAAAUCACAAGGUGGAAUAGAGUAUUUUGAGCUUUCGAACUGUAGACAGAUUAAUAAUGCAGUGUUACCCAAACAUGUGUGAAUGAAGCAAAACACAACUCUAGUUAUGUUUUUGAUGAGGUAACAACAUUGUCACAUGGCUUAAAGCUCACAAGAGUCAAUGUUGUGUAAUACAGGACCUUUAAAGGCAGCAAAAAAAAAAAAAAUACAAAAAUGCAUAAUGUGUCCUGUAAUUCCAUUUUUGCAAACUGCUUGGACGAUUGGACAACUAUAGACCAUGUCCUGGGGCUCAUGGCCUAUUACCCUACUGUGCAUCUUUUAGUUCAGUCACCUGUAGCACUCCUUUUAUAACCAAAUCAUUACAUAAACAUUACAUGGACACACACUUGGACACCAGGUUUUCUGCCCAUCUAAAUAUAGCUGGUAAUAAGCGCUCCAGAGAAGGCAGUGCGGAUGGAGAGGGCAGGAAGUGGGAGAGAGGGAGGGAAGGAGAGAGGGAGAGAGAGAAAGAUGGAGAGAAAACAUGAAGACAUCAUUACCUACGCAGCUGUUCAGGGCCGUCGCAUCAAUCUGUUUUUGAUCACAAUGUUGGCUAACCUCUAUUACCACACAGACAGACUGGCCCCAUAAGCGACGCUGCUGAUAUGAUGUAACCUUGCUUCCUCACUCCCAAGCGCACACACACUGCAAAAACACAUAUUAGUUAAAGGCUCUAUAUUACACAAUCUUGUGACACAUCUUGUGAGCUUUAAGUCAGGUUAUAAUGUUACCUCCUCAAAAACAUACCAAGAGUUGUAUUUUGUUUCAUUCACACAUGUUUGAGUGAUACUUUAUUAUUAGUGUGUCUGUAUCUAAGCUCAAAAUGUUCUGUUCCACCUUGUGAUGUCAUGAACUAGUAGUUUUCAGGUUAACUGCUACCUUUUUCCCUUUUGUUCAGUAGAGAUUGUAGAAUUGUACGGAUUCUACGGCUGACAGAUAUCCAGGAUUUGUGUGUUGGCAUGUGUGAAUGAAACGACAAAAAAACUCCAGGUAUAUUUUGAUGAGGAAACAACAUAACAGAUAAGAAAUUUGUGUAAUAUGGCUCUGUUAAAAUAAAUGGAUUCAAAAAUAUUUAUCCCAAUUUGAAUAGUUUAAUUUGUUAGAUUAGGCUUGUCUCAAUAUGUUCUGAAUUCAUGCGUUUUUUUGUAUAGAUAAUUUUUUUAAAACGUCAUUUUCCUUUUCCACUUGCACGUAAUGUAGUUGUAAUCUACAGGAAGCUAGUCAAAUCUGAUAAAAUGACUUGAAUUCAGAUUUAUAAAGUCCAAUUGAAUAUUUUUUAACUAAUGCGGAGAGAUAAAUCACUACUUCGAUCCAAUGAGAUUCACCUGUGUAAAAAACAUAGGAAAUCCAUAGCAUGCCUUUGGGGAUUACUGCAGGCAAACAUGCAAUCCAGCCAUUUAAAAUCAACUUCAUUAAUCACUGCUGCUCGUUCAGUAUGUGAGCCACACUCUUCCGCUUUGCACACGCUACUUUCAGAUCUGAUCCAACCCAACAUGACGUAUGAAUACUGUGUAUUUAAUAAUUCAUGUCUGCCCUAUAAGCUUAAGGCUUGUCACUGAGCAAUGCUUCCGGAUAGAAUAACACGGAUUUGUCUUCCAACUUUUAUGACCAGUUUCAUUUUUGUACUUUCCUUUGCACCUCAUGUCUGGAUGAGCUGCCUUAAAUAUGCAAAACGAGCAUCGUGGGGUCGACAGUGAUUAGAGAAGAGACCUCAGACUAUAGGAAAGGAAAAAUUGAGGUACCUGUCAAUUUUUCUUUAGUUCUGGAUCAUACCUGGACAACUGAGGGAUUGUACAGACAUUAGAGACUAUAGAACAUUGUUCACUGGUUGCAUAUGUUUCUACAGUAUUUUAAUGUUAAUAUGCAACUUUUCUAGGAAGGGGUCUGCUUCUCUCUAUGGAGAUGUUAUUGCUUUUGCUUGGGAUUGAUUUAUCCUGCCCUUAUCUUGCCUUUACUCUAUAAACUGUAUAUAUAAAUGGACGUAGCUAACCUGCCAGCUGCCACGUUCCAAGUAGGAAGUGAUGGUGGCUGCGCUUCAGGUCCAAUUUACCUUACGAUGAAAAAUUGUCACCCUCCCUGAUGCAGUGAGCCUUGUCAUUAUGGUCUUAAAAUGUUCGUAUUAACCCACUCUACAUGAUCCUGGUAUUUGAUUUUGCAAUUGCCCCCAAACACAAAAACAUGCAAAUCUCCAUGGAGAAAAGCAGGUUGUUGGACCUCAACAAAAAACUUACAUGGUGAACUUUUAAAGCAAUACAAUUUAAUUACUCAUAAAUGUUAUCCAUUUGCUAAUAAUGCUACAUGCUAUGCUGAUAUAUGCAUGCAUAAAUGUUCUAUAGAAAUUUUGAUGGAAUGAAAUUCCUAAUGAACAAUAUGACCAAAAUGGUAUUGAAAUCUGUUAGUUGACAUUAUAAACUACUUAAUUUCAUGGUGGCACAGUGGUUAGAACCCCUGCCUCUUAGCAACAAGGUUACGGGUUUAAAUCUUCGUACCAGCAGAUAAACUGAUACAUUUCAAACAGUUGUGUAACAAAAGUUUUGAAUAUCCUCAAAUUACACUCUUCCACUGGAGGGUGUAUUUGAAGUUGUUUACAUAGUGUAGCCUUGAAUCAAACCAGACUCGUAGCUCCUGCAUAAUUCACGCUCACGUAUUACACAACACUGCACUGUGGCCUAGCUGCUACACGGGGUCUUGUAACCUCUCAUCUCAAUUUUGACGAUUUUUUUUUUUU